AUGCUCUCCUCACUUGCUUUCCUUAGCAGCCCAUUGCUCCUUCCAUCCACAGAGUGGUCAGAUUAUCGCCGUCUCAUCACCAUUGGCCUUGUCUUUUCCUUGCUGGGCGACUUUUUCCUUAUUCCUUCACAGCAAGAAUUCCAUGGCUUGGAUCGCAAAUACCCAACCUCUGCCAAAUCGAAACCGCAAGGAAAAGUAUCCAUAUAUUUCCAACUCGGUAUCGUCGCCUUCGCUGCGGCUCAUAUAGCCUACACUAUAGCCUUCCUACAGGAUUCCCGUGUGACCUCCUGGACGACCUUUGCCUCUACGUUCGUAGGGACUCUGGCCGCUGCAAAAUGGUUGGGUGUCACAUAUCCCGCAUCACACUCCUCACUCAAGACCAAUGUACUGGAUCUUGAUAUUGCUCCGGAUAUGAAGCCAUUGGUUUCUGGUUACGCGGUUAUCAUUGGUACAAUGUUUGCGGCCGCUACUUCCACCUCCCCGUUGAUCGUUCCAACCGACUGGUGGCACUCGCGAGCCCUGGGAGCUGUUAUGUUCGUUGUGAGCGACCUUUUUGUUGCGAAGAAUGCUUUUGGAAGAUCUGAUGUGCCGAGGCAUCGUGGAUGGCUCACCAUCUUUGUGGGUUAUGCGCUUUAUUUCUGGGCACAGAUGGUCAUCGCUGGAACAGUACGAGCAUAA